AUGCCAACAGACGACGAACCUAGGACGAGCCAAGAUUCGACGCCUCUGCCGCGAGACGUCGAGCUGGGGCCGGCUGGCCAUCAAUCCGAGUCCAAGACCCGAGGUUUCAAAAUACUAUUUCAAAAGCACUUCUUAUCUCUCUGUGGUUGGAUCCUUGCUCUUGUCAGCACAGCUGUGUCAAUUGCCGCUCUUCUUCCAGCUUUCCGUGGCCUGCUGCUCUCAGACAAACAGCUCAGACUCGCCGAGUGGUCAGCCCUGAAGGACUACCUAGAUCAGUGCAAAGAAGACUCCCCCUUCUAA